AUGUCGCAGGAUCCAGAGCAGGCCAAGAAGCUGCAGGAUCUUUUAAAAAUGCUCUCGCUUUCGCAAGGUGAUACGUCGAAGUUGACGCAACCUCAGCGUAAGCAGUUUGAAGAAUACAAAUUCUGGAAGACGCAGCCUGUGGCUAGGUUCGAUGAACAGGUGGACGAUGAGGGUCCUAUCAACAGCUCGCAAAGGCCUGAGGAUAUCCCCGAUGAGCCUUUGCCACUGCUGAGCGAGUUUGAAUGGUGUACUGUGGACUUGACGAACUCUCAACAAUUGGAAGACGUGUUCGUUUUGUUGAAUGAAAACUACGUUGAGGAUCAAGAUGCGACGUUCCGUUUCAACUACUCGCGCGAAUUUUUCAAUUGGUCUCUAAAGGGUCCCGGAUGGAGAAAAGACUGGCACGUUGGGGUUCGCACCAAGCAGUCGGGUCGGUUGGUGGCCUUCAUCAGUGCAGUUCCAGCGACUUUAAGGGUGAGGAAGAAGCUUGUUAAGAGUGUCGAAAUCAAUUUCUUGUGCAUUCACAAGAAAUUGAGGGCCAAGCGCCUCACGCCGAUCCUGAUCAAGGAGGUCACCAGACGAGUCAACAAGCAGGACAUCUGGCAGGCGCUAUACACUGCUGGGGUCGUGCUGCCAUCCCCUGCUGCGACUUGUCGCUAUGCUCACCGUCCGCUGAACUGGUCAAAACUCUAUGAGGUGGGCUUCACGGGUCUCCCAGCCAAUGCUACCAAAACGCAAAUGAUAGCCAAAUACACACUUCCAAAAGAGACAGACACUCCCGGAUUAAGAUCCCUGGAGGAAAAGGAUGUGGACGAAGUGUAUGACCUUCUAGAGAAGUACCAAUCAAGGUUUGACCUGGUUCAGGUCUUCACAAAGGAGGAGUUUAAACAUAUAUUCUUGAGCUCGAAGAAUGUGGUUUAUUCCUAUGUUGUUGAAAAUGGCGGCAAGAUAACGGACUUUGUCUCUUUUUACUCUCUACCGUUCACUGUUUUGAACAACCCGCAUUACAAGGAACUAGGAAUCGGAUACCUAUUUUACUACGCUUCCGAUGCCGAUUUCCAAUACCCUGACAGAUUCCACCCAGAGGGUAGCUUGAAACUUCGCAAACGCCUCAACCGCCUCAUUGCAGAUGUAUGCAUCAAGGCGCGGGACUUGAAGAUGGAUGUGUUCAACGCCAUGAGUUGUCAGGACAAUUCCCUUUUCUUGGACGACUUGAAGUUCGGUCCUGGCGAUGGCUUUUUGAACUUCUACCUUUUCAACUACAAGGUACGUCCUAUUGCGGGCGGUUUGAAGCAAGACAACACCUUCGAUACUGAGAAACGCAGCAGUGUUGGUGUUGUCAUGCUCUGA